GUUUCGGUGUAAAUUCGAUUGAAAUUAGCUGCAUACAAAAAGUCAACUUCAAAUGUAAAAAAUAUCAUCUGUACAUAUUUGACAUUUGGAAAACAUUUUACGAAAAUUACUUCUACUUUAAUUGUAUAAGAGAGAAGAAUUAAACUUUUAAACUAAGAAAACAUGGGAGGCCAUGGUCACGAGCCGCCGUAUACUAUACCUAAAUAUACGGACUUCAAGGUAAAAGGCAUCCCUCAGCUAGAGGAGCUGGAGGAGGCACUCGCAAGGAAAGGAUUGAAGGACCCUUGGAUCAGGAAUGAGGCUUGGAGGUAUCAUCCAGGAUUUGGCUCACGUUGGCUUCACGCAAGGAAAGUAUUCUUCAGAGGCUUGCCCCUCGGAAUAGCUUUGACAGCAGCCACACUUGCUUAUGACAAGAUGACCGGAGGAGAUGGCCACGGCCACCAUGAUGACCACCACUAGCAAUAUGCAAUUUAUAUAGUUUGCAAUAUUUCGUUCAAUGUUACGAUAUGAUAGGUACACUGGAAGCACUUGUUAAAUAAAAUGGAAUUACAAGUGA